AUGCAGCUCUCACGACUUGGCGUCGCCGCGCUCGGAGGCGUGCUGACGACCCGCAUCGCCUCGGCCGCCACGCUCACGAGCAAAGCCGUCCCCGACAGCGUCAUCUCGGGGCGAAGCGAACCCCGCGGGAUGAACACCCUCGAGCCCCGGCUACACACGUGGAAGACACGCUGCGCCGCCGCGGGGGACGAGGCGCCGGCCUACUGCCUGCAGGCGCCGGCCGCGUGCGACGGCGCCGGGACAUACUACCACGCGGACGGCAGCGGGCAUCUAGACGAAUGCAAGUCCUAUUGGAAAUGCGAGUGCGUACGGCAGCAUGUGUAUCCCGUCUGA